AUGGCGUCGCUUGAGUUGCGCUUGCUGCUGCUGCUGCUACUUCUUCUUCUGCUUGUUCUAAUGGGAGACCUCAGCCCCUUGGUUCGAUGGACAAAGCAGCACGAGCGGUCGGAGGAGGCGGUUAGUGUGGGCGGGUGGGCUGCUUGA